CCUCUCUGAAGCCCUUGCUCCGCCCCCCAGCCCGGAGUCUGGGGCGGGGAGGAAGAAGGGAGCUCUCCUUUCCCCGCCUGCUGCUGCUUUUCUCCCCACACACUGCUGCAACCCAGCAAAUAUGUACAGGCUGGAUGUAACGGAGACCUUUGCCGGCCUCAGCCUGCCUGGCCAUCUCCACACACAGGCGUCCCUGAACUUUGCCAGCACUUUCCAGUUCCGCAGCUCUGAUGUCCUCCUGGUUACCUACCCCAAAUCAGGCACCACCUGGAUGCAGGAGAUCCUGACCUUAAUCUACAGCAAAGGAGACCCUCAGCCUGCCAAGAACAUCCCCAACUGGACCCGGAACCCAUGGCUGGAGCACACCUACUUCUCAGAGAUUCUCCGGGAGACAGAAGGACCUCGCCUCCUCACCACCCAUUUGCCCUACCGUGUGUUAUCAGCUUCUCUGAGGAAAGCUAAGCCCAAGCAGGUGAUCCACCUGACCAGAAACCCCAAAGAUGUUGCUGUGUCCUUCUAUCACUUCUGCAGGAUGGCCAAAUUCUUCCCUGACCCUGGCACCUUUGAUGAGUUCCUCCUCAGCUUCUUGGAUGGCACAGUGCACUAUGGCUCCUGGUUUGAACACACCAGAGGCUGGCUCAGCUGCAAGGAGGAGUUGGAUGUUUUCUACAUCACCUACGAGGAACUGCAUCAGGAUCUGGAAGGCUCUGUGGAGAGACUGAGCGCCUUUCUUGACUGCCCUUUGCAACCAGGCCAGAUGGCUUCCAUCCAAAAGCAUUGUAGUUUUGCUUCCAUGAGAAACAACACCAUGGUGAAUGGUACACUCGUCCCUCAUGAGAUCAUGGAUCCAAGCAAGAGCCACUUCAUGAGGAAAGGUAUUGUUGGAGACUGGAAGAACCACUUUUCCCCACUGCAGAUUGAGAUGUUCAACAAGAAGUACCAGCAGGAAAUGGAAGACUGCUGUCCAUGUUUCAUGGACUGAUGGCAACAUGAUCCAGGAGCCAAGGGAUUAUAGCCAGCUGGGGAUUCCCACGGUGUUCAAAGAACCAAAUCCUACACACCAAUGUGGGUGUAUGGGGACCAGCUUGCCAGAAAAGGGCAGCCACUGGACAAAGGCUCUGCAGGGACCUUUCCCAUGCCAGAUGAAAUGUGAACAAGCUCCGAGUCAAGGUUGUCACCCACAUAGACAGAAGCUGUCUACCUCCCAUAACCUGGUGUCUACCUUCUGUAACCUGGUGCCCUCCAGAUGUUUUGGACCAGAACUCCAAUCAACAUCAGCCAAGUUGACCAUUGAUGUUGAUAAGAGUUGUAGUCUGAAACACCUGGAGGGCCCUCACCAGCAAUGAAGAUCUUUUACCUGAGAUUCCUGUUACCUGAGGUCCUUUAACCAGAGAUGGGUGAGAUUGAAAUGGGGAUCUUCUUCAGAGAAGCCACAUUCUCUGCCAAUGAGCAAGGGGUGGUUGGGAAGGCUCUGUGGGGAGUAAAUUACCAGCUUACAACUCUGGCAGGGGUGGGGAACCUGAUCCAGGCCCUCCGUAUGCUGUUGGACUCUAGUUCCUAUCAGUCCCAGCCAGGAUGGACAGUGCUCAGCAGUCUUUUAAGUAGUCAGCUGCCUGUACCCAGGACUCAAUAAAAUGUUUUAUCAGUA